UCAUCUUUCACCGAGAUGCUUUUGGGAGUUUUUUCUUCAUAUUUUUAAAUGUACUGUUUAGCCUUCACGUCUUAUUUGAUUUAACCCAAGACGUGGCUGUACAAUACAGCGUUAUCCUUUGCACGGUCGUCGGUGGAUCUUAAACAACCCAGGAAAAAAAAAAAGCAUAAGACAUAAACUGAUAGAGCGCAGGAUAAAGCAUCCAUAAUAAACAUUGCACAGUAAAACAGCGGCCGUUAGUAAAAAUCGUUCUAAGACCUCUGAGGUAAGACUGGAAGCGACCCUCGAUCUAACUGCCCUGUCAAGUUUCUAAAAUAAAUACCGCAGGCAGACAGGGGUGGGAGAGACUCACCCCCUCCAGAUAAUAACCCUAUUAUAAGCUUCAUCAAUGAUGUAAUGAAAGCAAACAGUGUGAAAAUUGCCUGUAAACAGUUGGAUCUGGGUCUCCUAAUUAAUUCAGUGUCUCUUUUAAUCAAAGUGAGGAGGGGAGGGGGAUGGGGGGGUUGUGCAGUCGAGUUUCCUCCUCCUCGCGAGCGAGUCAUCACCCAAAAAAGCCCCUCCAGCCAAUGGGAGCAGAUCGCUGGGGACGCACGUGGACGGGACACCUUUAAAACCGAGCUCCUGAGUGUGACACAAGUUCAUUUUUUAGGAAAAGUGUCGCCGGGAAGCAUUAGUUCCCCGAUGUGUGUGUUUAACCCGUUUUACCUCUGGCUACUCGCUUUUUCCUCUCUUUCCUCUCCUCCGCCUCGCCUUCCCGUGACGGGCGCAGAAUGCCUCCCCUCGCUCCGCGCUCGCCCGGGCCGCUGCGACAGCUACCUUUGAUCUGAUUAAUUUUUCAGCGAUCCGCCGCUUCCUGAAUUCCCACUGACUUGACCCGCCGGCGCCUGUCCGUGGUGCUGAAACCGGCAGCGCCUGGCAGCCCGAGUGAGACCGCGCCGCUCCCUUCCAGACACGUUCCAGCUUCCAGUAGCCAUUAAAAGCCGGAAAAAAAGAAGAAACAAACUCUUUUUUUGUUAUUGUUGUUGUUGUUGUUGUUGUUGCUGCUGCCUCCGAGUAACCUUGCUCUGGGAUUGAAAUAAAAAAAUCAAUUACAACUGAAAAACGUUUCCAAGCUCUAUCGAUUUUUAAAUAAUACUUAAACAAGUGUUAAACGCAGCAUUGAUUUCAAGCUACCACCAUCACGGAAGGGCCGGAGCUUUUUUUUUUUUUUAAUGUUAAUUUAAAACUUUGCAACCUAUUUUGAGGGGGAUAUUCGGAAGGAAAGCAGAGGAAUAUUCUCGUCUCUGUGUGGUUUGCGGGGAGGGAUUUCCCGGCUGGAUAGUUGAGACUCUCGCCGCGCCUGGGCUGCCUGCACUUCGAACCGAAGUUCCCCGCAGUCCAAAUGGUAGUUUAACAAAAACCCAGAAGAGCAGCUCUGGUCGACAAUGGACGCGUCUACCAACGGCCCCAGUUUCGGAAUCGACUCCUUACUGUCUCACAGGCCCGGGAGUCCAAUGCUUUCCAAAGGGGACAGCUUGAUGGGGGAAUGCAGGUCCCCGCUGGAGCUCAGCCCGCGGUCCGACCUCGGCAGCGGCUGCUCGUCGCCUCCUUCCCCGAGGCGGGAGUGCCUGGAGGAGGCUGUGCAGAGGCCGGGACACGCUCUGGGGCUGGACUCGCACCUCCAGCGCGCCCAGAUGUCGGCUGCCCCCCAGCCGCGGACAGUCACGUCCUCCUUCCUCAUCAGGGACAUCCUGGCGGACUGCAAGCCGCUGGCCGCCUGCGCGCCCUACUCCAGCAGCGCCGCGCCGGCCCCGGAGGCGGGGCGGCUGUCGGCCAAAAUCGCGGACGACUUCAUGGACAAGGUGGACAAAAUUCACAGCAACUCUUCGUCGGACACCGAGUACAAAGUGAAGGAGGAAGGCGACAGGGAGAUCAGCAGCAGCCGGGACAGCCCGCCCGUCCGGCUCAAGAAGCCCCGGAAGGCCCGGACCGCCUUCACCGACCACCAGCUGGCCCAGCUGGAGCGCAGCUUCGAGCGCCAGAAGUACCUCAGCGUGCAAGACCGCAUGGAGCUGGCGGCGUCGCUGAACCUCACCGACACCCAGGUCAAAACCUGGUACCAGAACAGGAGGACAAAAUGGAAGAGGCAGACAGCAGUGGGACUCGAACUGCUAGCGGAAGCCGGGAAUUACUCGGCCCUACAGAGGAUGUUCCCUUCGCCCUACUUCUACCCGCAAAGCCUGGUCUCCAACCUCGACCCCGGGGCCGCACUGUACCUCUACCGGGGCCCCUCCGCGCCGCCGCCGGCCCUGCAGCGACCCCUGGUCCCCCGGAUUCUCCUCCACGGCCUGCAGGGAGGCAGCGAGCCGCCGCCGGCGCUGCCCCCUCUCUCCGGAGUGCUGCCCCGGGCCACGCAGCCGCGGUGAGCGGGGCCCGGCGGGCUCGUCCAGCACCGGCGGCUCCGAACCGGACCAGAGCAAAACGAGCGAGACCGCGAUUAACACGGGCCGCACCGAAAUGGACACG